AUGCCAGGUGGUCCGUCUACCGUCUGCGAGCCAACGACAUUGCUACACCGCGAUAUGCCGAGGCCAUCCAACAGGCGCAUCAAGGUGGAAGGAGAAUUCAAGACUCUAUCCAUCAUCGACCAUGCGAUAUCGCUGUACGAGGACAAAUGGCUGAUCAUUCGGCCAGCGGACACAGUGGCAUUCAGAAUCCAAGAUUUCCAGAAGUCCAUACCUGGCUAUCAGCAUUCAGAUCUCGGAGUGUGUCAGCCCCACGAGUACCUCGCCGUCGACAGUAAUCGGUCUGCUCACUGUAAGAUUGCUCAGGACCAGCUUGAGCUGAUGUUGAAGAGGUGGGAUCUUUCCUCCGAGGCGAACUGGAACCAGGUCGGACAUCAUGCGGCCCUUGCAUUGUUGGCACUGUGUAAAGGAAAAUGGUUCGAUGUGGGCAAGACCCGAGCCGCUCUCAGACGGUGGAGGUCUCAAGUAUGUGAACGCAAAGUGAGGUUCGCAGAUGCGUGGGAUCUCAGGAGACAAGGAAUUGCUCUUGUACUGCCCUUCGCUCGUAUACCUCUUCCUACGACGUGGUACAAGGCAACAACUUGA